GAAGUAGGCUUGAGCCAAAUUCCGGGUGCGAGGCGGCCACUGAGGAGGGGAGAGCGCACCGCUGCCAGCGGCUGGAAGCCGGUGAGGCCGAAGAUGUUCCGAAUCGAGGGCCUCGCGCCGAAGCUGGACCCGGAGGAGAUGAAGCGGAAGAUGCGCGAGGAUGUGAUAUCCUCCAUACGGAACUUCCUCAUCUACGUGGCCCUGCUGCGAGUCACUCCUUUUAUCUUAAAGAAGUUGGACAGCAUAUGAAGAUUGGGCAUCACGCUUGGAUGCAUGAGAUGAGCCUGGUUACGGUUUCUACUCCUUUCUGCAAAUGAAUAGGCCCAGAAAGGUGUAUGAGACUCUGAUUGAAUGGACAUAAAAAUUCUACUUGUUAAGAACAAGUUUGGCUCUGGUAACAGACCUUCAUAGCUCAAAUCUCAAUCUACUUAGGAAGUAUGAGAGACGUGCAGUCCUAGUGUCCCUUCUGCCGUGACAGACCGUCCCCAUGAAUGUCGACGUCAGCGUAAAGAAUGUCCAGCCCCAUUCUCUAGCACGUAUGAGUUAUAAGGGAAUCAUGUCUGAAACAGCCCUGUCUUGUCAGUUGUUGCUGCCUACCUGUUUUAUUUCUGUCUCAGCGGUAUUUGUGCAGAGUCCCUUACAGUUAGUUAUAUUGUAUGAAAGUCACACAGCCACAUUGACAUUUAAGCACAGGACCAGCAGUCUAUAUUUUUAAUAAAUGUAUCAAUUUUAA